GUAGCCUACCCGUUCCUGCACGAGGCUUCCUUCAUCAUGGUCAACACACCAGGCAUUGACUACCGUCAGAGCUCUGUCCUGGGUAAUGUCUUCAAUCCAGCCUUCGUACCAAACCAUAAUACUGACUUCCCACGACCUUUCUCUAUCUGGCAUCGAUUUAUUAACACUCUAGUGCAAAUAGCAUUUGCUGUUUACUGGAGGAAGUGGGUCAUCGUGCCUCUGGUACAAGACGAGAUCUCAGCACAGUUCCCGGAGCUGCCACCGUUGUUGGAGUUAGAGAGGAACAUGAGUCUAGCACUGAUGAACACACACUUUAGCAUCGGUAUACCACUGCCUCUCCUGCCCUCACAGGUGGAGGUGGGCGCCAUGCACUGUCGCCCUGGUAACCCUCUGCCUCAGGAACUGGAGUCAUGGAUCACUGGAGCAGGAUCUACUGGUGUCAUCUACUUUAAUUUGGGUUCAGUUGCUCAAGGCAACACUGUGCCAGUCCAGUACCGGGAAAUCUUCCUCCAGGCCUUCGGCAGGUUGCCUCAGCGAGUCAUCUGGAAAUACGAGGGAGACUUGGAGAACGUCCCCGAUAAUGUGAUGAUUAGCAACUGGCUUCCUCAGCAAGAUAUUCUUGCUCACAACAACGUGAAGGUGUUCAUCACACACGGUGGUCUACUCAGCAUGCAGGAAGCCAUCUACCACGCCACGCCACUCCUCGCUGUUCCCAUCUUCGUGACCAGUUUAGGAAAUUCAAUGUUCAUUAGGAGAUCUGAACUGGGAGAUUUUCUGCUGUGGGAGGAACUCACUGAGAACAUGAUCAUCGUCACUCUUGCUGAUAUUAUCAACAAUAUCAAGUUGGGUAAGAUUCGCCAGAAAAUAGGAAAAGUAUUUCCUGACGUGGAUCUUAGUCACAAUGAUGACCCACAGCCGGGGUUAGAACUUCUGCUGGAUUACACCUGCACCCCUUAA